AAAAGAGGCAGGCGUGUUUUAACAGAUGGCUCUCGCCGUCCCGAUUCAGCCAGCUCACUGCCUCUGGUACAACUCGAACAGAGAGAGAGAGAGAGAGAGAGAGAGAGAGAGAGAGAGAGAGAGAGAGAGAGAACAAGGUAGUUCAGGAAAUUGAAACCACUUCAGUUUGAACUUCAGUUUUUUUUAACACUCGUCUCUUUUAAAACUUUCCGUCCAGCCUCUCUCGCUCUCACUUCUGUGUUGACAGUCGCUUGAAAGUUUGACAAACUUCGCAGCAAUGCGGUGACCGCAGCGCAACAGGGUGCAGGAAGACAGCUAUCAGAACAAGAAGAGGAGAAAGUGCAGCGGGACAAUACCCCCCCCACACACACACGCUCCCGCCUGGCCGGUUUGGGGUCUCCGCCGCAGGACAGAAGGGGACAAACUGCCACCUGCCUCCCCUGCAGCUGUGUGUGAGAAUUAAAAGUCAAGUAGAAGAAGGCCUGGUGGUGUGGACCCUGCAGUGUAUGCUGUUUGUGCAUCUCCGCUGGUUGUCUGGACAGGAAAUCAUCACCUCUUUGUCAGGUGCCACGAGGUGAAGUCAGUAUAGUGUGAGCGGGAGCCCCGAGAUGGCGACGCAGGGCCUGGGGGCCCGGCUCUUGGUGCUGCUGGCCGUGUUGGCGGUGGCUCAUGCCUCCAUCUUCCUGACCAAUCAGAGACUGAAACCUCGGUUCCAGCGAGACCGGCGCAACAUCCGCCCCAACAUCAUCCUCAUCCUCACCGAUGACCAGGACAUUGAAUUGGGCUCCAUGCAGGUCAUGAAUAAGACCCGGCGGAUCAUGGAGCAGGGUGGAACGCACUUCUCCAACGCGUUUGUCACCACACCCAUGUGCUGUCCAUCACGCUCCUCCAUGCUGACGGGGAAAUACGCCCACAACCACAACACCUACACCAACAACGAGAACUGUUCUUCUCCCUCCUGGCAGGCCCAACACGAGCCGCGCACUUUCGGAGUCUACCUAAACAGCACUGGCUACAGGACAGCAUUCUUUGGGAAGUAUCUGAAUGAGUAUAACGGUACUUACGUUCCUCCCGGAUGGAGGGAGUGGGUCGCCAUGGUGAAGAAUUCCCGCUUUUAUAACUACACUCUGUGCAGGAACGGUGUCCGAGAGAAACAUGGAUAUGAAUACUCAAAGGACUACCUGACAGAUCUCAUAACCAAUGACAGCAUCAGUUACUUCCGCAUGACAAAGAAGAUCUACCCUCACCGCCCCAUCAUGAUGGUGAUCAGUCACGCUGCCCCUCAUGGCCCGGAGGACGCGGCCCCUCAGUACACCACUGCCUUCCCCAAUGCUUCACAACACAUAACGCCCAGUUAUAACUACGCCCCUAAUCCAGACAAACACUGGAUUAUGCGCUACACCGGCCCCAUGAAGCCCAUUCACAUGGAGUUCACCAACAUGCUGCAGCGCAAGAGACUGCAAACGCUGCUGUCCGUGGAUGAUAGUGUGGAGAAGAUAUACAACAUGUUGGUAGACACCGGGGAGCUGGACAACACGUACGUGAUCUACACGGCUGACCACGGAUACCACAUCGGUCAGUUCGGACUGGUCAAGGGGAAAUCCAUGCCCUACGAGUUUGACAUCAGAGUUCCCUUUUACAUCCGCGGCCCAAAUGUGGAGGCGGGAGGCAUCAACCCCCACAUCGUGUUGAACAUAGACUUGGCGCCCACCAUCUUGGACAUCGCAGGGAUGGACGUUCCCCCAGACAUGGACGGCAAGUCCAUCCUCAAGCUCCUGGACACAGACCGCAUGAUGAACAGGUUCCAGCUCAACAAGAAAGGAAAAGUGUGGCGGGACUCGUUCCUGGUGGAGAGAGGAAAACUGCUGCAUAAAGUGUUGAAUGAUGGGAAAGAUGUGGCCCAGGAGGAAAACAACCUGCCCAAAUACCAGCGUGUUAAAGACCUGUGCCAGCGCGCAGAGUACCAGACGCCAUGUGAACAGAUCGGUCAGAAGUGGCAGUGUGUUGAAGACGCCACGGGGAAGCUGAGGUUGUCUAAAUGCAAAGGCAUGGCCAGUCUGUCUGCAGUGCGAAAGCCGUCUGUGUCCAGCAUCAAAUCGCAGAUGUAUCUGCAGAGCAUGAGCGCUGAUGUCGGCGUGAACUCGGAGCCUCAAGGCUGCAACUGUGAACCCACCGGCUACAGGCUGAGCACCUUCUCCAAGAAUAAACUGUUCUCCAAAAAGAAACUGAAAUCCCUGAAGAGCUACUCCAGGAACCGCUUCGCCCGUGCUGUUUCCAUGGAGAUGGGAGGAGACCUGUACGCCGUGGACCUGGAUCAUGAAUACAGGCCCCCGGGCCCCGGAAACCUCAGCCUCAGGCAGAACACAGCGGAUGAGGACGAGUUCAGCGGCGUGGGACCCACUGCAGUCAGCCAGACCAGCAACAGCCUCUCUGUACCCUCCUCUAUUAAAGUCACUCACAGAUGUUCCAUUCUGGCCAAUGAUACAGUAAAAUGUGACGUCGGUUUGUACAAAUCGCUGCAGGCGUGGAAGGACCACAAGCUCCACAUCGACCACGAAAUCGAAACACUCCAGACGAAGAUUAAAAACCUUCGUGAGGUCAGAGGUCACCUGAAAAAGGCUCGACCUGAAGAGUGUGACUGCAACAAAUAUUAUUACAAAUCCAAGUACAAGAGUAAGCUGAGGAAAUACAAAGCAGGAGGUGUCCAUCCGUUCAGGAAAGGACAGGAGAAGGAUAAGAAGGCCUGGUUGUUGUUGGAACAGAAGCGCAGGAAGAAGCUGAGGAAGUUAAUGAAGCGUCUGCGUAACAAUGACACCUGCAGCAUGCCCGGCCUCACCUGCUUCACACACGACAACCAGCACUGGCAGACCGCUCCAUUCUGGACAUUGGGGCCGUUUUGUGCGUGCACCAGUGCCAAUAACAACACUUACUGGUGCAUGAGGACCAUUAAUGAGACACACAACUUCCUGUUCUGUGAGUUCGCCACUGGAUUUCUGGAGUAUUUUGACAUCAACACGGAUCCGUAUCAGUUGGUGAAUGCAGUGAACACACUGGACCGCUAUGUUCUCAAUCAGCUGCAUGUUCAGCUCAUGGAGCUCAGGGGCUGUAAGGGACACAAGCAGUGUAACCCUCGCACACGCAGCCUCGACUUCGAGGACAGAUAUGGGAAGGAUGGGAAGGAUAACUCAUGGAAUGAGGGCGUCCCGGAAGACACCAACAUGUUUCCCGGCGAGCCGAACUGGUCCGAACUUGAACCUUUGUACAGACUUGAUGAGCACGCCUACGAUCUCAAACUCAACUUCACCCUCAGCCUCGAGGACUGGGCUCAUUUCAGCCGCUCCGUGGACCACAUGUUCACGCUCCUCAGCAACGACAACCAGCCGUACUCUCCUCGCCGCCCUGAGGACGGACAAACAGGAAGAGGCCACGCCCUGGUGUCCUCCAGCCAAUCCGCUUCAGCCAUCUACCUGACCACUCUGGCCACGCCCGCUCUUUUACUGAAGGAAGCUGGCGCUGAGGUCUUAAGAGACGCUUUGGGGCUAAACCAAGUGGAGCGUCCCUCUUCUUCUUCUCCACCUUCGCCUUCAUCACAUCCCGUGAGACCUGCAGGGUCACAGGUGGACAGUGAGGGGCUCGCUGGAGAACUGAAAGGGGACAGGCAGAGAGAAGGUAGGGACGGUGAUGAGGAGGAAGAGGAGGAGUUUGUUCAGAGACGGACAGGAAGGUUAAGCUCCGCCCACUGUGACUGCAAUGACAUUUUGCAGGAAACGGUUUGACUCUCACGUAACGUUCCUCUCUCACGCCAUCCCUCCUCACUUCUAUAUUUGACGGAAGUGAAGAAAGAGGACGUUUAAUGGCAGCGUACAGUCCUUCGGUUUGUUUUCUUCUCCCAUGUGUUCCCUUGCUCCAUUAUCGACUGGCCUCAGAAGCGCGGCGACUUCCAGCAACAUUUCCAUCUACAGUUGGACCGUUUUCCCAACUUGUCCAUGAGAUCGGCUAGGCUUUGAACAGAGCACAUUUUUGUCUUUUAACUUAGAUUCUUUACUCUGUUUUCAUUCUUUCAUCUUUUUUACGGGAUUUGGGAAGGUUGGGGUUAAAAUUAAAACGGCAGUACAACUUCACAAGGAUUGAGUUGUUUGACCAUUCAUACUUGAUUCACUUUGAAACCGGUUUCGCACCAUAAUGCUUUUCUCUUUUUUGGUGUCUCCAGAGGGUGUCUUACUUUGUGGGACAGUGUCUUUUACAGCCUUAUAACUUCACUGAACAACACCUCAAACAGGUCAAUGAUGAAUGUGUCUGUGUGUUGUGUGAGUGUAAACACACUGUAUCUGAAGUCAAAAGUCAUUUUGCGUGUGAUAAAACUAAGCACUUUGUGUGCUCUCAGUAAUGUUAUAGCAUUAUUUAGUUUAAGCUCAAACAUUGGUCAGUUUUUUGUCCAAAAUCAUUUACAUUUCUUACAAUAUCUUGCCGUUUUUGCAGCAAAAUGAGUUAACCACCGAACGAAAACGAAAGAAAAAACGUUAAUUUGGUGCAUCGCCAUUAUUCACAUUCGACACAAUUAUGUAUGUUUUCCCCAAGCGCAUUGAGAAAGAAAUUUUGAUGUACCGAACAUGCCACGUCAUAUUUUUAACCUUAGCUUAUUCUUAAAACUUUUGCUAUACACAGUGCUACUAAUAUCAGAGCAAAUAUAUGGAAUGGAUGUAUGUAUUUUAACGUGUUUGCAAUGUAAAUGGUUAAAGGAUAUUUUUUAUUACACAUCUGAAGCUAAACCGACCGCAAGACAUAAAGACUUCACUCCAGCGUCAGGUUUAUUUAUGCAGCAUAUUUUUAACAGUUCUUUAAAACACAUAUUCAGUUUUUUUUUUUUUUUAUGGUGACAUAUCUAAGAUUGUUUAAAUUAUUAAUCCACCUUCCUGAUGUAUUUCAUCCAUCCCUGUUUUGAGAUCAGCUUGGUUCUUUGAUUAUUAUGACUGUGUCGUCUCACUCUGGGAUACUUCAUCAGUACGGCUCUCUAUUGUGUUCACAUACAUGUAUUUCAUAUCAGUGUGCAACAUCCGCCCCUCACCUCUCGUGGCUGUACUAAAAGCAGUUUUGUCUGAGAUUGUGUAUGGUUGUUUUAAAAAAAAAAAAACGCCAUAAUUAUUGUAAAAAUGUACUGUGCAUAAACUGGAGGAUAGGAGACAACUCGGAGAGGAGGAGAAAUGUUCCUUUGCCACUUCCAAAGGGAUGGCUGUUUUCGGAAUAGGAGUUUAAAAAAUGGUUUUAACAAAGUCUUGUACAGUUCUAUAGAUUUAUCAUACCUAUAUUUUUGUUUUGGUUUACCAGUGGACAUUUGAUAGUGCUCAUUACUUUGUGAAUAAAGUGUUGAAUGCCCAAA